GUAUUUUCUUGCCUCACCUCAGCCGACAGCUCGGUGUCCCUCGCGCUGUGUGCGAUCGUGAAGGGGAGGGGUUGAGAAUGAGAGAGAUGUGCGCCCCGCGGUCCGCGAGCAUCAGACGAGCAGCGGCGGCUUAUCGCGAUGUCACCCCGGCGGCGUUUUCUUCAUCCGAUGUGAAACACCCGGACCGGUUUAGCGCACAUUUAUGUCUCAGUUUAGCAGAUUGUUUUGGAGCCGUCUUGGAGAAUGCGUCCUCCUCCCGUCGAUGCUGUGCAGUCCUCUCUGUGUCUGUGGCUCAUAGUUUUCCUCCGCUGUGCUCAGGCUGCUCCAUCUGAAGGCGGUGUUUACAAUGGAGAAAAUAAGCAGGCGUCACUGAGAAGCAUCCUUGAUCAUGUACAGAGUUAUGAAAUUACUUACCCCACAUGGCUGCAUCCUGACAGACACAGGAGGUCUGCCAACAACGAGCAUCCUGCAGAGGCACAGGUUCUGAUCUCAGCCGAGGGCCAGGAGCUCAAACUACACCUGGAGAGAAAUGAGCAACUGUUGGCCCCUGGAUAUCAGGAAAUAUGGUACACUGCCAAUGGAGACCGCAAGUCCUCGUCUCCCACCAGCACUGGACACUGUUUCUACCAUGGCAGGGUUCUGGGUGUGGAAAGCUCAAGUGUAGCUGUUAGCACAUGCUCAGGACUCAGGGGACUGAUCUCUCUGAACGCAAGCGUCAGCUACCUGAUAGAGCCUCUUCCUGUUUCCAUGGGUGCACAGCAGCACGCCGUGUUCAGAGCUGAGAGUCUCCAUCUACCCAGAGGCAGCUGCCUGCAUCACCAUGGCAACAAGGAGCACGAAGGGGGACUUAACGACUUCAUCCAUGGAAUGAUGUCACCACAGAGUGUGAGGGAAAAAAGGGACCUGAGUCAAAAUAUGAAGUACGUGGAGUUGCUGAUAGUGGCAGACAAGGCUGAGUUUGAGAAGCAUGGGAGUAGUCUCGAGAGGACCCAACAGAAACUACUGGAAGCGGCAAACUUGGUUGACAAGUACUACAAGGCUUUGAGCAUACGUGUGGCGUUAAUCGGUCUGGAGGUGUGGAACAGCCGGGACCUGAUCAGCGUCUCAGACAACCCUCACAGCACUCUGGCAGCCUUCCUGUCCUGGAGAAGCAAAAAUCUCAACACACUCCCCAAUGACAACGCUCAGCUCAUCACAGGGAGGGGGUUCCAGGGCACCACCAUCGGGCUGGCACCUCUCAAAGCCAUGUGCUCCGACUACCAGUCUGGAGGAGUGAACACGGACCACUCAGAGCCAGCUGUGGGUGUAGCUGCCACCAUGGCACAUGAGAUGGGCCACAACUUCGGCAUGGGCCACGACAGCACAGGCUGCUGCCAGGCGAAAGCCGAAGACGGAGGUUGCAUCAUGGCAGCUGCCACUGGGCAUCCAUUUCCACAUGUGUUUAACGCUUGUAACCUGAAGGAGCUGAAGAGCUACCUGAGCUCUGGAGGAGGGAAGUGUCUCUUCAAUUUACCAAACACCAGAUCCAUGCCUGGAGGGGAGCGUUGCGGCAACGGUUACCUGGAGGAUGGAGAGGAGUGCGACUGUGGAGAGGAAGAGGAGUGUACCAGUCCUUGCUGUAAUGCCAACAACUGCACUCUGAAAGCCGGGGCUGAGUGCGCCCAUGGCGUCUGCUGCCAGAACUGCAAGCUGAAGAGCCCGGGCGUGCUGUGCCGUGCUUCCUCAGGGUCGUGUGACUUGCCAGAGUACUGUGAUGGGAAGGCAGAGUCUUGUCCUGCUAAUUUCUAUUUAGUUGAUGGUACAUCGUGCGCACGUGGGCAGGCCUACUGUUACACCGGCAUGUGUCUGACCCUGGAGCAGCAGUGUCGCUCUCUCUGGGGAGGAGAUGGUCGUCCCGCCCCUGACCUGUGUUUUAAGAAGGUAAAUGAAGCCGGGGACAUGUACGGGAACUGUGGAAAAGACCUGUUUGGGAAGUACAGGAGCUGUAAGGAGAGGGACGCUCAAUGUGGGAAAAUCCAGUGUUUAACCUCAGCCUCCAAGCCCAUCGAGAACAAUGCUGUUCGCAUAGAAACCACUGUCAGUUUUGGCAACAAGAAAAUCCACUGUAUGGGAACACAUGUGUACAAGCCAGGGCAGGGGGACGAGGACGGACAGGGGGACACUCUGGACCCUGGCCUGGUCAUGACAGGCACUAAGUGUGGUAAAGACUCGAUCUGCUUUAAUGGAGAAUGCCGCAAUGCAUCUUUUCUCAGAGCUGAUGAGUGCAAUGCCAAGUGCCACGGACACGGGCUGUGCAACAACAAUCAUAACUGCCACUGUGACGCAGGCUGGGCUCCUCCUCUGUGUGACCAGAGGGGGUCAGGUGGGAGUGUGGACAGUGGACCCGUCACUGGCCCAUUCAAUCCCCUUCCAGUCCUGGUGGUCCUCCCAUUGGUUCUCUUUGUAGUUUUGGCUGCUGUUGGACUGUGGUGCUACUACAGACAUAAACUCCACCCACUGAAAACCUCCGCUCCACCUCCAGUGCCAAUCUGUUCAGUCCCAGUCGAGAGCAAGCCUCUUCAGGCCAACGGUCAUGUGAACGGUCAUGCCAACCCGACAUUCUUGCUAAAAAAACAGGACUCAGAUCACCUGGAGAAAUCCUCUCCUCGUCCGAGCCCGUCUUGCUCAACUCGGUCCAGAAACGGCAUUGUGCGUCCAGCAGGAAAGCCUCCUCCUGUACCUGCUUACGCUCUAGAGCAGAGAGAGCAGACACCUCAGCCUGUAGCCUCCGCUCAGAGAAAGUACUCUCCUCAGGGUUACACUCCACCUCCUGUGAAAUCUGCACAGCUCAGCGAGCAGAGACGACAGGCUCCUCCACCACCUUCAGGACCUCCACCUUUACCCUCCCUGAAUGCCAAACCCCACUCACAGCAUUUAGCAGUACCCAAACCCCGACCAGACCCCCCAAACAGACCUCCACCACCUUGUCCUCUCAACGGGCCGUCAGGGGAACAGCAACAAAUGAAAGGCCUGCAGGUGUCCACUGAUGCCCUGCAGAGAGGAAAAGCUGCUUUGGCUCCAUCUGCUGGACAGAAAAAGCCAAACAGAAACUAAGAUCUCAGGGAGACGCUGGGGACCACCACGUACAUAAAAUAAUGGCCUGCAGCUGACAAAGAACAUGUGGCAUUGUGGGAUUUGAUGAAGACUUGACGCUGUGGGCUUGUGGAUAACAGUGUAUUUACACUGAUGUGUAUGGAGAUAGAAUGGUAUAAUCACAGCAAGUCAUAGUACAUAUCACAAGAAUUUGAUCUACGGUUUAAAUCUGUAAGAUUUAGGCUUAAAAAUGCAGUUGGUGCCUUUUAUGAAAAUAGCAUUUUGUCAUAUUUGCAGAAACUGUCACUACACCCACAAAGUAUAAUAUGAGACAGAGCCGUGUUGAAAAUAACACUGAACACCGCCCACGCCCCGGAGCAACUUUAUCAUUUUACAGCCAAAGAGUGCCCUAAAAUAUGUUUCUGAAAAUAUUCGAGGUGAGAAAUAGGGAGUGCAGUAACCAAAUCUUGAUUCAUUUUUGAUCAGUGUUGUUAUUUAUUUUAGCACACUCAUUGAAAAUGCUGACUUUAUGUAAAAAUAUACAUAUGAUAUAGAUAUUAAACGGAUCCACAGUCAAAAGAAAAAACAAAUCAAAUGAAAUUAAACCAAAUUAAACAAACUAAACCAAAAGAAAAGGAAAACACACCCUUAAACUUACAAUACAACUUAAAAAAGUAGCAGAAAUCCCACCCUGGCAUCCCAAUCUUUAAGAAGUACACAUACAUACAUAUGCAUAAUCAUCACCUCAAAGAUGUUGCUCCUCUCAUGUGAGCCAUAAAAAAUUGCCAUUUUUGACUAGUCUUGCUUGGGAUAUUAUUUACCCCGGUUAUUAUACUUUCAAAGGCAGCAGUCUCUGUAAGCUCUGGCCUGUGUGGGCUCUUCCAGCUGUGCAGAAUAAGCCGCUCCACAACGAUAAAAACUUGUUACUGUCAAUUCAACUCUGCUUGAGUAAGACCUGGCAGCACAAGAGAUUUGCCUCCCAACAGACACAGUUGUGGGGAUUCUCGUAGAGGUUGUUUGAGCUACACUGCAAAAUUUUUCAGUACCACCUUACAAAAUUUUAAUACCAUGGAUAAUCCCAUAGAACAUGUAAAAAUGUAUCCACUUCUUCAUUCCAUUUCCAACAUUUAUCGUUGUUUAUUGUCAGGGGUUUAUAAUAAUGUCUGUGCACAUUUUUUUAAGUUUAUAGUUAUGUAGUUUAUCAUCUGUCUUGUGUAAUGCUGUGGGGAUAUAGUCGCAGUUUGAGUGAAUAUGACUAAAGUUAUUUUUUAUCAAAGUCAGCAACUCCAACUUUAAUGUGUUGUGUAAAUUGUUCUCUAUGCGUCUGCUUUCACAACUUGAAACAGCGGAAGCUGUGAAUUUAAGAACUUUUUGUUAUUAUUGUCCCAAAAGAUAAUGGAUGUGUGAAAUUGUUCCACGUGUGCAGCGAUUUGAAAACACUGUUCCUGGAGUAUUUAUUCACAAAGAAAACAAUGAAUGUUUACAGUGUAGCCUGUGUACGAAACAUGGUGUCUCUUAAAGAGCAUCAGCUGUAAAGGGAUAUCUUAUAUUAAGAAAAGAUGCCAAUAUUGAAGUGCUUAUGCUUCCUAUGUGUGAAUCAGAAUGGGAUUUUAACUGGACAAAAGGGGACCAGUGAAAGCCCGGCAUGCAUGCUGUAAGUAUACGCUUAUGAUGAGAGAAACAUGUCUGAUAUAUAGCAGGAAAUGUUAGGGAUGUUUAAAGUUUUGUUAUUAGUUUUGUUUUAGUGAUUUUAUAUUGUUGUGGUGAUGCACUUUGAGCAAUCUUUUAGUGUCAAAUGCUCACCCCAUGAAGGCAUUAAAGCCUGCACAUGGUGAGUUUUCGAUGAAGAUUUUGGGUGCACUUUAAGGUGACCAUUUGAACCCACACUUACUCUUACUGCUUAGCCCUGUCUCUGACAGUUAUGAUGAAUUCAUAUUUGUCCAGGGCAACAUCUCAAAUCAUUUCACAUUGGAAAAAAUAUGAGCCAUACUUUUAUUUACAUGUAUCAGUUAAACGACAAAAUUGCACCAUCAGUUUGAAUUAUUUUUUCAUGUUCAUCCUAAAAAGUUCAGUGUGAGUUCCCUCAUGACCAAAAUGCUAUAGAGUUUUAUCUGCGAAGAUAUUCCAGGCUGUGUAACUGAAAUUUUUUUAACUACUGUAAGGUACUCUUAAAAACUGUGGUCCAUUUGACUGCUUGGUGGCUGACCUGGUUUUAUCUGUGAUGUGGAAAUACAGUCUGUCAGCUGCCACGUUUUACCUUCUCAGACCUAUGCAAACCCUGCCACUGUGCAACACUGUGUCUUCAAAUGGAAGUCAAAUAAACACAUGGGAAAAUAAAAAUGUUAUGUUACACAUUUUA